AUGGAUUAUUUCAACAGUCGGCUCCCUGUGGAGAUUACAGUAGACAUUUUAUCUAAACUACCCACAGAAUCAGUUCUGGAUUCCAAAUUGAAUCAUGAUGAUGGUGAUGAGGAAUCGACAACACCCAUUAAAAGAAUUAAGUUCACCUCGCCGGUUAGGAAUAGGGGAAAUAUAAUUGCUGGUUCAUGUAAUGGCUUGGUCUGUCUUGUUUGCAACCAAGAUGUUUGUGUUUUUAACCCUAUCACUAGAGAAUUUGUAAUUCUUCCAAAAGUUAAAACAGGUUGUGGUGAUGUUUAUAGAUAUAACUUCGGAUUUGGUUAUGCUUCUUCAACAAAUGAAUACAAAGUGUUAGUAAUACUUGUGAAGAAGACCAAGGCAGAAGAAAUUUACGUCUACACUUUAGGCAGUCGCCGUGAAUGGAGAAACCUUGGAAACUUGGAUUUUGAAUUCGAAGCCUGUAAUUGGAGUGAACCUGGUGUCUUUGCUAAUGGAGCAAUAUAUUGGAUGAUGGGUGACAAAUGUAAAAUGAUCGUUACCUUUGAUUUGGUUGCGGAGAAAUUUUGUAAACAUCUCUCGCCACCUCCUUUGCCACCAGAAAGUAUUUGGCGUUACAACUCGAUAGCGGCUUUUCAAUGGUCUUUUGCUGUUUUCUGCUUAUCCAUCUGCUUAUGA